CCUGCAUUCAAUGGCGCCGUGUUAGGGAUUUCUGGAGGCUUAUAUGAUCGCCGCCGAGCCUAUCCAAUACCUGCGAACGACCCCUGUCUGGACCUUGAUCUUCUUCAGGAGCUCUGCUGGUGGCUUUAAACCUAACGGCUUAGAUUUGACGGAGAUCGGUACGGUAGGAGCGCAUCCCUCACCUUAGUGUUGGUCAGCAUGGUAGUAGCUGCAUACGUCAAGGGCCUCGGUGAUGGAAUGGAGCUGAGAUGUGAAAAGUUCCGAUGUCGCUGGAUCGAAAUGAAUCGUGGUCUCGAGUUCGAAAAAGUCCGAAAGAAGUUGGUCCGCGUUAAUCUGUUAAUUGCGCUUGCAAAGUCCAGCUUUGAGUCCAGCUGCUGCUUGAGAACUCUAACCUUGCAACAUUCCAAAGCCCGCGCUAUCGCAAAAUGUCCGCCGCACCUCACCACUCCCUUCUAGACCUCGUGCGGAGGGCGAACGGUUUCUCGCUCGCCACGGAAGAGGAUAUCAUUUACCCUACUCGGGCCGAACGCGUAGGCUGGUCGCUCCAAGCCACGGACAAUGUCAUCAUAGGGUACAUUCAACCGGAGGUCCGGCGGCACCUUUCUGCUCACCCAGAGGUUUUCGAGGUCCAGGAACACUGCGUACGCAUUCACUCUUCCCUGACGACAGCCGACGCGAGAACCGAAGCGGUCGAACGUGUCCUUCUUGAAUUCAGAAACGAGAGCAGCAGAGAUCACCCUCUCUUUGGAUGUCUACAUGGAUGGCGAAACGAGCGCUAUGACGUACAUAAUGGGAAAGGCGUCUACAUGAGAGUCGAGCGAGCUGCCGCUGGAUUGCUUGGAGUCCGCUCAUAUGGAUGUCAUUUGAACGGUUAUGUCCGUGACCCAGCUACUGGUGCGAUCAAAAUGUGGAUAGCGAGGCGAAGCGCGACGAAACAGACAUAUCCGAACAUGUUGGACAACCUGGUUGGUGGCGGGCUAGCAGCUGGAGUUCAUCCAUACAAGAACAUCAUCAAAGAGUGCCAUGAGGAGGCCGGAUUGGAUCCAGCGACUGUGAAAGCAGGAUUGAGGAGCGUGGGAGCUAUCUCUUUCUUCUUGGACGACGCCAAAAGAGGAUGGGUGCCCGACACAGAGUAUGUCUACGAUAUGGAAUUGUCUACCCACUUUGCCCCCAGGGCAGUCGAUGGCGAAGUACAGGCAUUCUAUCUCAUGGAUCUCGACACGGUUCAAGCCCACUUGCAUCGUGGAGAGUUCAUGCCCGAGUCAGGCCUGGUCAUUAUCGAGUUUCUGAUUCGAUUCGGCGUCAUUACAGCUUCCAAUGAACCAGACUAUGUGGAAAUCAUCAUGGGAAUGCAUAGGAAGUUGCGGGCCCCUGGGCCCCGCUUCACGGCGUAGAGUUAAGUAGAUUAGAGUAGGGCAUAUGGGGACGGGACCUCUGUCAGGGGUCUCUUUCGGCUGCACAUACUGUACCUUGACUCCUGUCUACAGAACGGGCUGCCGAAGUAUGUCAUCAAAGCCUUUCCCCU